CACAUCACUCACUGAAUAUUUCUGAAUGCUGAACGUGUGAGUCAACUUGAUAGCACAAUAUGGCUGCUGUCUUCACAACACUGUUCAUCCUUUCAGGAUAUCCAAUGGUGAUGGCGUAUAACAUUGAGUCUAUGCCUUGGAAAAACAUAGCAUACCCAUGGGCUGGCUUUGGCUACAGAGUGAUUCAGCACAGUGAAUCAAGUGUGUUGGUGAGUGCUCCUCUAGAGCAGUAUGGUGUGAAUAGGAGAGGACGAGUUUACCAAUGCCAGGUCUCAUCCAGCUCCUGCUCAUCACUAAACAUAAACGUUCCCCCACAUGGAGUCAAUAUGUCCCUUGGCCUUUCCAUGAGCAAGACUGAAACUCUCAGAAAGACCGUGGUUUGUGGCCCAACCAUCCCAAAAGAGUGUGACGGAAUCACUCUCUAUGGUGGGAUGUGUUUCAUCAUUGGACCAUCUCUUCCUCAACAAGAAGGACCUGUGCCAGCCUCUCUUGAAGCAUGCAAAGAUACUGAUAUCGUUUUUCUGCUGGAUGGGUCUGGGAGUGUGAGAUCUUACCAGUUCAGUGCCAUGAAAGUAUUUGUGAAAAAUCUCAUCAGACGACUCCUGAAGCCAUACACCAUAUUUGCCUUUGCACAAUACUCACACCGCUUUAGGGUCCACGUGAACUUUAAUCAGUUUGACAGAACACGAUGGGAGUAUCAGCUGAACAGUAUCCGGCAGACUGGAGGAGGAACACUCACUGCAACUGCCAUCCAGAACGUUGUAAACACAGUGUUUGUACCCUAUGCUGGAGCGAGACCAACUGCCAACAAGAUUCUCAUUGUCAUCACAGAUGGACGAUCAGGGGACUCUGCGUCCUAUCCCAGUGUCACAGCUCUGGCUGAUAGUAAAAACAUAAUUAGAUAUUCCAUUGGGGUUGGCAACGCCUUUAACAAUCAGUGGGCACUCAAUGAGCUCAGGAGCAUCGCAUCUCUACCAACAUCAGAGCACAUGUUUAAAGUGGACAGCUUUGAAGCACUUAACAAAAUCAGCAGCAAACUGGAGAAGAGCAUCAUUGCCAUAGAGGGAACCCAAACGGCUGGUGAUGCCACAACGAUGGAAUUUGCCCAGAAUGGAUUCAGUGCAGCUCUUGUGUCAAACUACAGGAUGCUGGUGAGUGUGGUUGGGGCAAACGAGUGGAGAGGAGGUUACCAGGACAUCUCUCUGUCUACCAAGAGGCCCAGUUUUAGGAGGGUGCAUCAAGUCACUCCUGACAGUUAUGUUGGCUACUCCAUGGCUGUAGCGAAUGGUUUCGGUCAGAGCUACAUAAUUGUGGGAGCCCCCAGGUAUGAGCACAAGGGCCUGGUCAUGGUCUUCAAGCCUGGAAACCAUCUACUGAAGAGUCUCUCACAGUCUCAGAUCGGUGGCUACUUUGGAGCAGAGGUGUGUGUGGUGGAUUUGGACGGAGACUCCAACACUGAUCUGAUUCUGGCAUCUGCCCCCAUGCACACAGAGGGAGAGAGAGAGGGGAAAGUGUUUGUCUACAGCACAUCAUAUUACUACUAUCAGAUUCGCUUCUACCACCUCGUCUACUCUUUUCACCGUGCCAGUGUGCUGGACACUGGUGUGUCCCUGCUGGGGAUGAAGGGUCAGAGGGGGAGGUUCGGCUCGUCUCUGGCCAGCCUGGCUGACCUGAACGGGGACGGGAUCAGGGACGUGGCCGUGGGAGCUCCUCUGGAGGAUAACGGACAGGGCAGCGUGUACAUCUUCAACGGGAGGAGAGGAGGAAUCAACCCCACCUACUCACAGAGGAUUGCGGGUUGGUCGGUGCGGUCCGGUCUGCGGUUCUUUGGGCUGACCGUGGCCCAGUCUGCUUUGGACCAGAGUGGAGACGGACUGCCUGACAUCGCAGUUGGGUCCAAAGGAGCGGUUCUGCUACUCAGGUCCAGUCCCAUUGUAGCUGUACACACAAGAAUGAUGUUUGUCCCCAACAAAAUCCCUGUGUCCAUCUACGACUGCUCUGUCCCGCAACAGAUCAAUGCGUCUGUGUGUUUCACCAUGACCAAAAUCACCAAGGACCGCUUUACAGAUCUGCAAGCUGACCUCAAUUACACAGUGACAUUGGACUAUCUUCGGCAAAAAUAUCGGGCGAACUUCACCGUUGAGAAGCGGGAGAGAGAUCAUGAGACGACUCUGAGGCUUGGGGAGAAGUGCUUCAUGCAUACCUUCUAUGUGCAGUGCUCCCCAGAAGAUGUUGUGAAUCCUGUGGACAUCCGGGUGGCCUUCUCCUUCCAGGGGCUUCCUAUCCCGUCUGCAGACCAGCUGACCCCCAAGCUGUCCAGUAGCUCCCCCUUCACCACAGACCACAAGUUAAUCUUUGCAAUCAAGUGUGGACAGGACAGAGUGUGUGAAGAUAACAUCCAUCUCAACUUCAACAUCUCUGAAUCCAUCCUGGAGGUGGGCAUUGCACAAGAGAUGAGUGUGAGGGUGAUGGUGGAGAAUAGAGGAGAGAACUCCUACGGCACUCGUGUGUCUCUCUCCUACCCUGUCGGCCUCUCCUACAGGACCUUCACCAAGAGCCAGGGCAGGGUGGAGUGCACUUCUCUAGAUAGUACGGAUGGAGUCACCCUGGGAAAGACUGACUGCAGCAUCGACAGACCCAUCUUGCAGGCUGGAGACAAGGCUGUGUUUGUUGUUGUGUAUGGAAUUGAUGGAAGUGGUGACUUUGACGAAACCCUUUCCAUUGAGGCCCAGGCUUCAAGUGAUAACGAUGUACACUCUAAUGAGAGUGAACCAUUCCAAAAGAAAGAAAUUGCAGUCAAGUACAGCAUUUACGCCCUCAUCAGAAGAUUUAAAAACACCACCAACUACAUUAACUUCACUGCUGGGAACAAUGGCAUGGAGAAUGAAGUGAGGCAGGACUUUGAGGUAACAAACAGCAUUAGAGGACUCAAUCUGACUGUUGUAAUCAAUGUUCCAGUAAGACUCCAAGAUAAAGAUAUCUGGACCGAUGUGGACAGCCUUAAUAUCACGGGAUGCACCAGAGAGGUUGAGCUGGAGCCAAACAUGACCGAUUUUAAAGAGACGCUGCUGAAGAACAAAGAGCAUAUUGUGGACUGUUCCAUUGCCGUGUGUCUGGAGUUCAGAUGCACCUCAUACAUGGCAAGAGAUGACUCCCAACUGUACACAGUCUCAGGAAACAUGAGCUCAGGAUGGAUUGAACAGACUGGACUGCGUGCUGCAACGUUUCACCUGGUCAGCUCAGCCACACUGGAGUAUGAUGACAGCAAGUACAUCUUCUACUCCUCCGAAUCCUCACGCCUCCCACCUGUCACCAAGAUUGAUACCCUAGUGGAGGUCUAUGAGGGGCCAAACCUGACUAAUGUGAUCAUUGGUGGAGCCUUUGGUGGCCUGUUCCUGUUGAUCAUCCUAACAGUGGUCCUCGUCAAGGUGGGAUUUUUCAGAAGUCGCUACGAGAAGCUGUUAUCUGAAGCAGAAGCAGCAGCUCAGAAAAAAGAAUGAGAAUGUGUGUGUGUUUGUGUGUGUGUGUGUGUGUGUGUGUGUGUGUGUGUGUGUGUGUGUGUGGGUGGGUGUGGGUGUGUGGGUGUGGGUGGGGUGAUGUUUGUAUUUGUGCAUGGGAAUGUUUAUGUGUGUGUGUGUAUGUGUGUGUGUGUGUGUGUGUGUGUGUGUGUGUGUGUGUGUAGUACGUGCUCUAAAGUGCGAAUGGCAUUGUAGCUCAGAAUAUAUGACAAAAUGCUUCACAAAGUGAAUGACAAAUACGUUAUUAUACAUGAUGAAAUGGUAAAUACAUUAUUAUACAUGAUAAACUGAUGAAUGUGACAUUGAUAUUUAGUAUGUAUGUUGUAAACUGUGACAGAAACAAUGCAUACAAAAGCAUUUUAAGAAUUUUUAAUAACGCAAUUGUACAUGUAAGUGUCUUACAAAGACACUCAUUUCUAAAUAAUUGCCAUAACAUGUUUUAGCAAUUUAAUUUCUCAACGCUUAUUAAAUGCAUUUAUUUGUACUCAAUAAAAAUUUAAAUCAA